GCCCAAAUUCCAGUUUGUGCCACAAAAUUUGAUUUCCUUUUUGCUUUUCUUGCUCUAGGGUUUACUAUAUCUAAUCACAGUAAACGGGCGUUUCUGGGAAGCUUUUGGUUGUUGGUUCAUCGAUCAAAGGAUUUGCGAACCUCUGUGUUCGUUAAAUCGAUCAAUUUGGUUGAAUACAUAGGAGAACUUGGUGGUGGUUAGCAAUUUUGGAAAAUCGAGGUUAAUAGACUUUUUAGGGGCUGAUAAUCAUGUUUUUGGUGGAUUGGUUUUAUGGAGUUUUGGCGUCGCUAGGUCUAUGGCAAAAGGAGGCUAAGAUCUUGUUUCUAGGGCUCGAUAAUGCCGGCAAAACCACUCUGCUUCAUAUGUUGAAAGACGAGAGACUCGUUCAGCAUCAGCCAACGCAGUAUCCGACAUCUGAAGAGCUGAGUAUUGGAAAAAUUAAGUUCAAAGCUUUUGAUUUGGGAGGUCAUCAGAUCGCUCGUAGAGUUUGGAAAGAUUACUACGCGAAGGUGGAUGCUGUUGUUUACCUGGUGGAUGCGUUUGACAAAGAACGAUUUGCAGAGUCAAAGAAGGAACUGGAUGCCCUGCUGUCUGAUGAAUCUUUGGGUAGUGUACCAUUCUUGAUUCUGGGGAACAAGAUUGACAUCCCUUAUGCUGCAUCAGAAGACGAGUUACGUUACCACAUGGGUUUAACGGGGCUGACUACUGGGAAAGGUAAGGUAAAUUUGGAAAAUUCUGGGGUUCGGCCUCUUGAGGUAUUCAUGUGUAGCAUUGUGAGGAAAAUGGGGUAUGGUGAUGGGUUUAAAUGGGUCUCUCAGUACAUCAAGUAGGGUUUAUGAGAUCGAUCUGAUUCGGUGUUUUUAUUGUUUGUCGUCUUCUUUACUGGACUUUGUGUGUCUGUCUAGACUGUCUGUUAAAAAAUAUACAGUGUUAUAUAUAUUGUUUCUGUUGUUCCAGUUUAUGGGUGAUAAAUAUUUUGGUGGGUACUAAUCCGCCACUUGACGCCUA